AUGCUCUGUGACAACCUUGACGUCACGACCAGCUCCUCGUUUGGAAAGGAGAUGCAGGAACUCUCGUAUUUAUGUAUGCACGCCACGCGAGAGAGUGUGGUGCUGGUGGAUGAGCUUGGAAGGCGCACCUCCGUGCGUGAGGGAGCUGCGAUUGCCUGGGCGACGGUGGAAUUCCUCGCCGAGACACGGUGCCGCAGCGUCUUUGUGACACACUUUGGCGUCUUGACACGCCUAGAAAGCCUUUCCGCUGGUGGGGUGAGGAACUACCAUCUUGCGGUAGGCACUGAGACUGACAAGGAGCAAUGUGCGGCCAAAGAUGAAACAAAAAAAUUGGGCCGCUCAAUGUGCACUCUCCGCUUCGAGUACCGACUGCUUUCUGGUCCUUCGCAGGUGGAUCACUAUGGGCUGCGUCUCGCGGUGCGUGUUGGAUUCUUUCAGCCAGCACUCGACCUCGCCAAGGAGUUGUUGCCUCUGAUGGGCGGGACGAGGGAGGGACAGUCCAUUGACAACGUUGCCCAUGGCGCGUCUGCCCCGGGAGUGGAUGGUCCCGUCGGAAGCGGGCAUGCGACGGUGGAGCCUGUUGGGCGCAACAGUGGUGAGCCGAGGGAGAGUGAGGAGCGCCGUGACGGUGGUGACGAUCCUGUCUACUCCACUGAGGUGAACGCGAGGCUUUCAGGUGCUACUGGUGUCUCCAGCAUUGCUGUGGUGAGUAGCGAGUCCGACCUCUCAGAGACGUUACGGGAACUUUCCUUGACUUUAUAA